GAGUUCACUGUAUUGUAAAAGGUACUGUGAAUCGUAUCAGGACAGGGGAGGGGGGGUUGAAUUGCCAAAAUUCUCCCAACCGGGUGCACAUCCGGAGUCUCGACGAUCAUAAUUUAUCGCACCUUUUACCUUUUAAGAAACAGAGUUUUAUUUUUAAUUUUUUUUAUUAUUAAUUUAUUCUAUUUCUCUUAGUUUAUGGUUUACGUUAACACUCCGGGAGGGUAGAAAUGGCGGCCAACAUGUACCGGGUCGGAGAUUAUGUAUUCUUUGAGAACUCCUCCAGUAACCCUUACCUGAUCCGCCGGAUAGAAGAACUCAACAAGACGGCCAGUGGGAAUGUGGAGGCCAAGGUGGUUUGUUUCUACAGAAGGAGAGACAUCUCCCACAGCCUCAUCCAGCUCGCAGACAAACAUGCAAGGGAAUUGGAGUGCGAGUGUGGCUGUAUGAAGAUGGAAGGAGAGGAAGGGGCUCUUAUUACAACACCACCUGUUCUGUGUGGAAGCCUUCUACCUGUUUCCAGUGAUGCUUCACUUGGCCGUUUGGUGACAAUAAAACAAAUUAUUGGUGACUUUCUGAAAGAGUUGGAAGAGGAGAAGGAGAACCCGACAGAGACAGAGCUCACAGAAAAACAGAAACACCAGCUUCGCCACAGAGAGCUCUUCCUCUCCCGGCAGUAUGAGAGUCUACCUGCGACACACAUCAGGGGGAAGUGCAGUGUCGCAUUAUUGAAUGAGACUGAAGCCGUUCUUUCAUACCUUGACAAAGAGGAUACCUUCUUCUACUCGCUGGUGUAUGACCCGACACAGAAGACCCUGCUGGCCGACAAAGGAGAGAUCAGAGUGGGACCGCGCUUUCAGGCAGACGUACCUGAAAUGCUACAAGAGGGUGAGGCAGACGACAGGGACCAGUCGAAGCUAGAAGAGAAGCUGUGGGAUCCAGAGUGUCCACUCACUAACAAACAGAUAGACCAAUUCCUAGUGGUGGCACGGGCGGUGGGUACUUUUGCUCGGGCGUUGGACUGCAGCAGCUCAGUCAGACAGCCAAGCUUACACAUGAGUGCGGCCGCAGCCUCUCGAGAUAUCACACUGUUCCAUGCGAUGGACACACUGCAUCGUCAUAAUUACGACCUGUCCAGUGCGCUGAGUGUACUGGUCCCAGCGGGUGGCCCAGUGCUCUGCAGGGAUGAGAUGGAGGAGUGGAGCGCCUCAGAAGCCGCCAUGUUCGAAGAGGCACUAGAGAAAUACGGAAAAGACUUCAACGACAUCCGACAAGACUUUCUGCCAUGGAAGUCUCUGACCAGUAUCAUAGAGUACUACUACAUGUGGAAGACCACAGACAGAUAUGUGCAACAGAAGAGACUGAAAGCAGCAGAGGCAGAGAGCAAACUGAAGCAGGUUUAUAUCCCCACAUAUAACAAACCCAACCCCAACCAGAUCUCAAUGACCAAUGGCAAGAUGGCGACAGUGAAUGGAGCGGGCCCCGGGGCCUACCAUGCAGCAGGCGGAGGCAGAGCCUGCGAGAGCUGCUAUACCAUGCAGUCGGCCCAGUGGUACUCAUGGGGACCUCCAAACAUGCAGUGCCGUCUGUGCGUGUCCUGCUGGAUGUACUGGAAGAAGUACGGCGGCCUGAAGAUGCCGAGCAGAGCAGAAGGCCCCGAGGAGAGGACCUCCCCGAGCCCGGCGAGCAAUGAGUCUCGUUCACGAGGUCACGCCCCUCGCCAGUCCAACCACAUGGUGCCGAUGCGAAACAGCGGCAGCCCCAAGUCCUCCAUGAAGACCAAGCAGGCUUUCCUGCUGCAGGCCACCCGCCUCACCAAGCUGGCCCGGCACAUGUGCCGUGACAUCAUCAGGCUGCGCCGUGCCGCACGCCGGCCCUUUGUCCCCAUUAACUGUGGGGCCAUAAAGGCAGAGUACAUGUUAAGGGUGUCAGAAGGUCAGGGGACUCGCCUACCCAAAACCAGAGCCGCCCAGAGGAGCACUCUGACCAGUGUCCUGCAGUUUCUAGAGUCUCGUCCGGCAGCCCACGCCCCUCGCUCCCACCGCACCCCGGGCCUGCAGACGCCUCCCCCUCGACGCCUCCUCUCUUCUCUCCCACAUGGCCCCCAUGGCAUGCUGGGGAAACGUAGCUACCAUCACCACAGCAGGGCCGAGCCGGACAGGCGCUCAGAGAACCCAGGUACAACAGGUGGACCCCUCCUGCACAACGGCCGCAACAACAGCAGUGGAAGCACCCGAGGUGGAGUAAUGAUCCGCAAGAGACGCCCGAACUGGAUCGAUGCCCCCGAUGACAGCUUCUUCCUCGUCACCCGGGAGACCAGGAGGGCCAGGCGGAUGCUGUCCCGCUCCCAGCUGAGGCACGCCUGCCGGCAGCCCUGCGAGCAGAUCACUCUACGCAGGGUCUCCCAGGGCCCUCCGCAAGGGCUUGUCCUGGCCCCUCCCCACCCUCACCCCAGCUUGAGGAUGAGAGGCCCCAUCGUCAUCCACGACUGA